AGAUAUAGAUAUCUAUCUAUCCAUGCAUGUUGGUGAUAGAGCAAGUUGGGGUAGUGUAGAGGAUAAACUAUAUCAAUCAUGGCAUUUGCGCUAAUGACUACGAGAUUUUGAAUAUAUUGCUAAAAUUUCUAUUGUAGAUCAUUAGAUUAGCUUCAUCAUGUCGCCAAGCACUAUUACCGCGGAAGCAAGCUUCACGAUCACGCCCAUGGUCAAAUCUCCUAAGGAUAAACACGAUUUUGGUGCGGUUGUGACUGAUUUGGAUUUGAAUGACAUCACUGAUGCGGAUGUUCGUCAUCUCUCCGAUGCUAUCUGGACCCACAAGGUCGUUGUAGUCAAGGGGCAGAAAGACCUCGCACCGAUCAAGCAAUGGGAGCUCGUGACGCGGUUUGAUCCUGAUUCUCCCCAAGUUCACUCACAUGGCGAUGUGAAGACGUUUAAUAGUAAAGGUGGUUUGCUUUCCAAAAGCCGCGAAGUUGUAGGCAUCCCAGGUGCCGAGAAUGUCCGUUUGAUCGGGAAAGGCUUCCAAGGAGAAGACCACUAUGGUAUCAAGAACAUGACCAUUACUAAGCCCCUCUCCCACGAUUGGCAUGGAAAAGAGCUACCAGAAGAAGAGUUCAACGCAGGAAAUGUUCGGUUUCAGCGUUGGCAUAUGGAUGCGCCUUUGUAUGCGAGGGACCCGGCGUGGUUUACCACUCUGCGCUGUAUAAAGCGACCUACUGAGCCUGAAGUCAAUGUCCGGUGGGAUGAUGGCUCUGGUCACAGCAUGAAAGUAGAGCCUGGCCUAACUGCAUUUAUCAGCAAUGUUCAGAUGUAUGAUAUGAUGACAGAAGAUGAGAAGAGCAUGGCUGAUAACAGCUGGGUUGAAUAUGCGCCCCAUCCGUAUAUGUGGAUAGGCGACUGCAAAGGUAACUCCAAUGGCCUAGGCCUCGUGAACCAAGGUAAGGAAAAGAAGCUCGAGGAUCUAGGUGAUUUUGACUUGAAAGACGUGAAAACAUAUCCUAUGGUCUGGAUAAAUCCUGUGACAGGAGAAAAGGCCUUCCAGGUCCACGGAAUUUGUGUGAGAAAGUUGUUCCUUCGUUCAUCCCCGGAAGAAGAGCUUAGGGUAAUUGAAGACGUCGCGGAGAUCAGGCAGUUGUUAAAGACUAUCCAGGAAAGAGUGCUGAAGCCUGAGUAUAUCUUGAUUCCAAGUCUAGAGGAAGGGGAUAUUGUCAUGUGGGCGAAUUACCAGAUGUUUCACACGGCGAUUGACUAUCCGGCCUCAUACGGACCCCGAACUAUGCACCAGGCCAAUAUUGCUUCGUCUACUCCCCCAGUAGGACCAAAUCCUAUCACGGGGAUGGCCUAAGUUAUAAAGUACCUACCAUGGGUAGCAAUUGAAAGGUUGGAGAUAACCAGCUCGGACAGCAAUUCUUGAAUGCGAUGGGGACUUAGACCUAGUGCUAGGUCUUAUGUAUAUGCUGGAGAUCUCAUAUGAUUCGUGUCCAAAUUGGAUUAUUAUUUCU